CGGAGGCAGGUCACGUGAGCGGGGCUGUUUAUGUUUGAAUGGCGCGGGAGGGCGGGAGCUGAGUAACGGCCGGUGUUACGGGCAGAGCCGGCGCCGAUAUCCUUUCCAGAUGGAUAAAAUGGUGACUGGAUGUCUGAAGGUGAACGAUUGUGUUAUAUUCCAAUGCAAGAAGUGCCACACUGUACUGGGAGAUUCUCUGCAAUGCUGUGGUUCCAACGCAACACUCAAUGUGCUGAUAUGUUUAAGGGUGACUGAGAAUGUGGAACUGGAUCCUACUAUUUUAAUAGAAUGUGAAGGGCCGCUGUCUGAAUGCCUUUACAAGUGCCUGUACUGCAAAUGCUGCAAGACCAAUGUGGGCAUCGUUCCUUUCUCUACAACAGACGUGUUGGCUUGCCUGCGUGGACUGUACUGUUUGGACAAGGAAAUGUUGCACUGCUACCAGUUGCAAAGCAAUUCUGUCGUGGAAGCCUCAUCCCUGAAUCUUGAACCACAGAGCUUAACCCAGCACAUAGGAGAGUUGAAAAGGCAGAUUGUGGUGGCUCACUAUCGCCUGAUAACAGCAAUGAAGGUGUUGGAGGAAAUUAUCGGAGACAAGGAUGGGCUUGGGACAAGCACCCUUGACCUGCAACAUGUGUCUAAACCAGAGAAGAUAUGCAAGGUGUAGGAAGGAAUUGAUUGCGGCUGCUGGUAUACAUCGAAGAUGGACACAAAAUGCUGGAGUAACUCAGCCAGACAGGCAGCUGCCUGGCCCCUUGAGUUACUCCAGCAUUUGAGUUUAUGAACUGCAGGUUUUCACGUUUGCUUCAAUUUAGACAAUCAGAACCACUGUUCAUCGGCUGAACUGUUAACGGUAUUCGAAAGGGCAUUUUGCCUUCUCUGAAUGAAUUCUGGCUGUGUUUGAUCAAAGAGGGUCUAGUGGAGGAAGCAGCACUAAUUUCUUUACUACAUGUGAACGCCUUUGCUGUUGGUUGUUGUGAGAUUUGGUUUGUGUAACUUUCUCUUUGAUUAUGGACUCUUACACAAGUGCUUUGCCAGAUCAAAUCUACUUCAGUGACACCUGAUAUUUAACAUUCAAAAGCACCUUCUUUCAGUGUUCACUUGGUUUGAUCAAGUCCACAUCAUUCGAUAUAGAUGAUUUCAGAUUAUAUUACAGAUGUACAGUACACCCCAGUCCUGACUCAGUCCUGCUUUCUGACAUUGAGCUGUAAUGUAUCUGCACAGUCGUUUCUUGAUCAGCAAUUAUGUUUGUGUAGUUAAAUUGUACAUUAGGUGCCUAAUUAUCUUAGUUCACCAUGCACUGCUACUAUGAACAAUAAUUUAAAUAUUUGUCCAAGCUCUCCACCCACGGUUGUGGUUAUAGGUCACGGGGCAAUGUGAUCGAUUAGCGUUUCAGAAUGGCCAUUGGCUGAGUCUUUCACGAACAGCUAACUAUCCAAACUGAUUCUAGCUUUAAGCGUCGGAGGAGGGGCUAUGCCUUACCACGUGUUGCUUUCUAACACUUAAAAUAGAGAGGUAAUGAUCAGCUUUAAUACUGAUCAAAAAACAAGGUGAGUGCUGUUUACAUGUAUUCCAACGUUAAUCGUUCAUGCCACAGUUGGAAGUGUUGGUGAAUGUUACUCGUGCAAUAAACACCAGAUGGUGCUAACUUUUAAUAUCUUCAAUAAUUGGUUACCAGUUGCCUGAAAUGGACACAAAACAGAAUUCCAUUAUCUUGGAUUAGUCCAAAUGUGGAGUUUUGUGCUUUGUCCAAAUUAGUGAACUGCUUUGUGGAAUUUUGUUCUGGUUUGAAUUACAUUGUGAACAGGUCAUACAAGGCGUGGUUUGGAACAAAUUCAAUGAUCUUAUAUAUUUUCUGUCUCAUUAUUGAUGUUUUUGACAUUUUGUAGAAUAACUGGAUGAGUCCAUCCAUUUGGUUCCAAGACAGGUUUGAAUUUAUAAUAAAUAAUUAAGUGUCUGUAAUACUACCAUCCUAUUUGUGCUUGUGACUGCAGACUAUGACACUUUCUAAUAUUGAGUUAAUUAAAUUAAGUGUAUAAUGAUCUAAAUAAACAUUUAUUCGACUUCA